GCCGUUUAACCCAUCCAUCCGCCAAGAUGACUGCUGCGUGGAAAGCCGCCGGUUUGACCUACAACCGCUUCCUGGCCGUUUCGGCCCGCGCCAUUCGCCGAAGCCUCAAGGAGGACAAGCGAAUCGUUGCUGAGCGUCGUGCUACUUCCGAGCUGCGAUUUGCUUCAUGGAAGAAUGGCAAGGCCGGCGAGCCCCGAGACCUCAACGCCGCGAACGCUGCUGCCACCGCCGAGAAUGCCUCCUCUUAAUCUGCCUGUGUGGGGGAAAAAAAAUCGAGUGGAUGAGAAGGGGUGGGG